CAUGGAGGGAGGCGCGGCGCCCGGCCGCCCGUGACGCGCCCCUGCCCGGCCCGCUGCUGGCGAGCCCGAGCCGCCCGCGGCCCCGCGGCGCGGAGAUGAACAGGUCCGCGGCGCUGCUGCUCUGCUUGCUGGGCUGCCACGUCUGGAAGGCGGUGACCAAGACGCUGCGGGAGCCCGGCGCCGGAGCCCAAGAGGUGACACUGAAGGUACACAUUAGUGACGCCAGCACCCACCAGCCCAUUGCAGAUGCGCUCAUUGAGAUCUUUGCCAACCAGGUCUCCAUCGCCUCGGGCACGGCCGGGACAGAUGGUACCGCCUUCAUCAAGUUCCAGUAUAAGCUGGGUAGUCAGCUGAUCGUCACCGCCACGAAGCAUGCCUAUGUGCCAAAGUCGGCCCCAUGGAAGCCGCUCCGACUACCUGUAUUUUCUUCGCUGAGCCUUGGCCUGCUUCCAGAAAGGUCUGCUACUCUGAUGGUCUAUGAUGAUAUUGUCCAAAUAGUAUCAGGAUUCCAAGGUGCCCGGCCACAGCCUCGAGUCCAUUUCCAGAGGAGAGCCCUGAGGUUGCCUGAGAACACCAGCUACAGCGACUUGACGGCCUUCCUCACCGCCGCCAGUUCCCCCUCCGAGGUGGACAGCUUUCCCUAUUUGAGAGGACUGGAUGGAAAUGGAACAGGAAACAGCACGAGGUAUGAUCUGACCCCGGUCACGGCCGUCAGCGUGCACCUUCUCAGCAGCAAUGGGACUCCGGUGCUGGUGGACGGCCCCAUCCACGUCUCUGUGCCCGUGGCCACACAGAGCAGUCUGAGGCACAAUGCUUAUGUCGCAGCUUGGCGCUUUGAUCAGAAGCUGGGAACGUGGCUAAAGAGUGGCCUAGGCCUCGUGCACCAAGAAGGCAACCAGCUGACGUGGACGUACAUUGCCCCCCAGCUGGGGUACUGGGUAGCAGCCAUGUCUCCUCCCAUCCCAGGGCCUGUCAUCACCCAAGAUAUUACCACAUACCACACGGUGUUUCUUUUGGCCAUUCUAGGAGGAAUGGCCUUCAUUCUUUUGGUUUUGCUGUGUCUCCUUUUAUACUAUUGCAGGAGGAAGUGCUUGAAACCCCGUCAGCAUCACAGAAAACUGCAACUUCCUGCAACCCUUGAGAGUUCCAAAAGGGACCAGUCCACAUCCAUGUCCCACAUCAACUUACUGUUUUCUAGACGGGCAUCAGAAUUUCCCGGUCCACUGUCUGUCUCCAGCCAUGGCCGCCCAGAGGCCCCAGGGACAAAGGAGCUGCUGGGUGGGGUCCACUUAGAAAUGAUGUCCCCCAAUGGAGAGGGGGACCUGCACACGCCCAUGCUGAAACUCUCCUACAGUACCUCACAAGAAUUCAGCUCGCGAGAGGACCUGCUCUCCCAUAAAGAAGAGGAUAAAAGCCAAGCAUCCUUUGAUAACCUGACGCCAAGUGGGACACUAGGGAAAGAUUAUCAUAAAUCCGUGGAGAUUUUUCCCUUAAAGGCAAGGAAAUCUCUGGAAAGAGAAGGCUAUGAGUCUUCUGGCAACGAUGACUACAGGGCUAGUUACAAUGCGAUGCUGUCCCAGCCUUUAUUUGAAAAGCAGGACCGAGACAACUCGGCAUCCACAGGAAGCAAACUCACCAUUCAGGAACACAUGUACCCCACGCCUUCGUCCCCUGAAAAAGAACAGCUGCUGGACCGCAGACCUACUGAAUGUAUGAUGUCGCGCUCGGUCGACCACCUGGAGAGACCCACGUCUUUCCCGCGGCCAGGCCAGCUGAUCUGCUGCAGUUCCGUGGACCAGGUCAAUGACAGCGUGUACAGAAAAGUGCUGCCUGCCUUGGUCAUCCCGGCUCAUUACAUGAAACUGCCCGGGGACCACUCAUAUGUCAGCCAGCCUCUGGUAGUCCCCACCGACCAGCCGCUGGAAAUCGGAAGACUCCAGGCCGAGCUGUCUAACCCCCAUGCAGGGAUCUUCCCCCACCCGUCCUCUCAGAUGCAGGGUCAGCCUCUGUCUUCCCAGGCUAUCUCUCAGCAACACCUGCAGGAGGCGGGCUCCAGGGAGUGGAGCCCGCAGAACGCAGCUAUGUCCGAGUCUCUGUCCAUCCCGGCAUCCUUGAAUGAUGCUGCUUUGGCUCAGAUGAACAGCGAGGUGCAGCUCCUGACUGAAAAGGCACUGAUGGAACUCGGUGGUGGAAAGCCACUUCCACACCCCCGGGCGUGGUUCGUCUCCCUGGACGGAAGGUCCAACGCCCACGUUAGACACUCAUACAUUGAUCUCCAAAGAGCGGGAAGGAAUGGAAGCAAUGAUGCCAGUUUAGACUCUGGUGUGGAUAUGAAUGAACCAAAAUCUGCCCGGAAGGGAAGGGGUGACCCUUUAUCUCUUCAGCAGAGCCACCCACCCGUCCAGGAGCACCAGCAAAAGGAAACCAGGGCCCAGGACAGCAACACCUACACACAGCUCGUGUAUCUGGACGACAUGGACCAGAGUGGCAGCGAAUGUGGGACCACUGUCUGCACCCCGGAGGACAGUACACUGCGAUGUUUACUGGAAGGUUCCAGUCGGAGGAGUGGGGGACAGCUGCCUAGCCUGCAGGAGGAGACAACCAAAAGAACUGUAGAUGGCCCCCAGGAGCCGCUAGCCAGCCCUCAACAGAGAAGAUCUGCUCGUGAUGAAGAUGAAGAGGAGGAAGAUGAUGAUGACCAAGGAGAAGACAAGAAAAGCCCCUGGCAGAAGCGAGAGGAACGACCCCUGAUGGCCUUUAACAUCAAAUGAGCCCUCGCUAAGCCACCCAGCUGCGGAAUUAUAAAAUUGCCAAAUAUCCUUUCUUACAGAAGCGCAUACCUGUUUGGGAAGGAAGCCGGAUGACGCAUCGACACGGCCAUGACGAUGGUAGAAAGGAACUCCAAGGAGCGUUCAGAAGACAGGAUUCCCGGAUGCAUGCUGCCCUUCCGGGGCGGUAGCUGGGAGAGCAGUGUGGGAAGGUCAUUUCCACGGACUUGACCUAGCAAGCCAGGAAUGCCGAAAAACCACGUACCCUGUUCCUGUGCUCCAAGGAUCACCUCAGUCCUCCCUCAGAUUCUGGGAACAGAUGAAACUCUUCUUUUUCUGUUUUCUUUCGUUGCAUUGCUUGGAUUCGUUUUAUCAUGAUAAUGCGACAGUGAGCUAUUACUGAGAAAUCAUCGGGACGCUCAUGUCCCCAAGGUCGCCAUUAUCUCAAAGGAAAGCUAUGCAUUGCUGCUUGGGCUGUUUUGCUUAGAUCUGUUUGGGGUUUUUUGUUGUUGUUUUGUUGGUUGGUUUUUGCUUGGGUUAGAUUCCUUUUGGAGAUUUGCUCUUGCUUUUUCUGUUGGGGGCAGGGGGGGUUGUUGUUGUUUGUCUCUCUUUUUUAAGUACAAUUUGGUGGUGAGAUUUUUAUUCCCUCAUUUUAAUCUGUUCUACUUCUCAGUCGUUUAUUUCGGGCUCUCCUCUUCAGGAACUCGGAAGCAUCGUCUCUAAACAUCCAAGCCUUUUUAAAUGAAAUCGUACUGAAAUUUUUUAUCAGCUUAAAGAGUCUUUCAAUUCUGGUCCCAUUAACUCCAAGUGCCUUUUUUACAGUGACAACAGACAGUCCCUCACUUCUUUUUUUCUUUUUUUGGUCUUGUUUUUCUUACACCCUUUAAUUGAACUGCCUGAAUUUUCUAUAAAGUUAUUCAAGGAUGCCCCUAUUCUUUAAAUUGCAUGCUUGCCAGGUGCCAGUUGUGCUGAGCGUGCCCCAUUUCAAUGCAGUGUACUCUCUAGUUAUCAUGUGUACUGUGGGUUCUGUUUAGCUAAGAUAGACUAGAGGUCACUUUAGAGAGGCCCUCCCCUAUGCCGUCCCUUUGGCCAAUGGCCACCAUGAUGGGUUUCCUGGCUGUUUGUAUAUAGGGUUACGUAUUAAUUCCGGAAUCCUAUGGGCCCGUCUUGCUUGCCAAACACGAGAGAGUGGACUGAGCAAGGGGACAGAAUGUGACAACUGAAUCUUAUAUACUAUCCGAAAGUGCCAGAAUGACUCUUCUGCGCAUUCUUCUUAAAGAGCUGCUUGAUUAUCCAAAAAAAAAAAAAAGAAAACUCAAAAUAAACUUGGAAAAAAAUAUAUUUCUGAUGGUUUUAAUUCAUUCUAAGCCAUUAUUAUCUGUUGCAAAAUUACCCCUAGCAAUUGUCCCUUAGCAAGCUGAGAUGUGGUUGUUGGAACUAUAAGCACGUAAACACACUGAAGAAUUUCUACUAGGCUUAAAAGAAUUUUUAUUAGGAAAAAAAAU